AUGUCCUCGUUGAUAACCAUUGUACGCAACAAGUUCUUGGAAGCAAUACGUUCCGUCAACCCGCCCACGCGUUGGAAGAUUCUCGUCGUUGAUGAAUACUCUCAGAAACUCUUAGGCGCUGUCCUGAAGCAGUUUGAUAUCUUGGAGGAGAAUGUAACCUUGAUCGAAUCCAUUACCAGUAUUCGCGAGCCCCAGCCAGGUUUCGAGGCCAUAUACUUGCUGAUGCCGACAAGCCAGAACGUUGACCGCAUCAUCAGAGACUUCUCCAAUAAUAAGCAAUAUGCUGCAGCACACUUGUUCUUCAUUGAAGGUCUCCCGGAGAAAUUGUUUGAGCGCCUGACAUCAUCACCCGCCGAGCCCUACCUUCAAGCGCUGAAAGAGCUUUUUCUCAACUUCAAUGCCAUCGAGGCCCAGGCAUUUUCUAUGAAUGAACCUGGUUACUUUUUCAGCAUAUACAGUCCACCUAGAACAGAAUCUUCCUACAAACCUGCACGGGCACGCUUAGAAGAAGACCUGAGAUUCAUGAGUAAAAUGAUCUCCAAUGUUUGUAUAUCUCUGAACGAAUUUCCAUAUAUCCGAUUCUACAUGCCUUCCAGUCAUCAACCCCUUGGACCAUUGAAACCCAAUGCACAAACUCGACCACCACCACCACCCGAGGGCGCGAGCCGAUGGAGAACAAACCUGGCUCGCGGUGCAGAAGCGCGGGCAUAUGAGUCCGUAGAAUCAGACUUUGUCACCAAGCUACUUGCAUUUAUGGUCCAAGACGCACUAGAGGAGCAUAAGAAGAUGAAUCCUGAUUUUGGAAAAGUCGAUCCUGCUCGACCAAGAGCCACGUUACUGAUUACAGAUAGGUCGAUGGAUAUGAUGGCUCCAUUUGUGCACGAGUUCACAUACCAAGCUAUGGCCAACGACCUUUUACCCAUUGAAAACGGAACAAAAUAUUCAUACAAAUUUCAGUCGUCCAUGGGUGCUUAUGAGGAUAAAGUCGCCAUUUUGUCAGAUGCUGAUACUACUUGGACUUCCGUUCGCCACCUUCACAUGCGCGAAGCUAUUGAUAAACUUAUGUCUGAUUUCAACAAGUUCCUGGAAGAAAACGCCGUCUUCAAAGGAGAAGGUGCUGCCAACCUUAAUGACAUGAAGGAUAUGCUUGCAAACUUGCCUCAGUAUCAAGAACAACGUGAAAAGUUUUCCUUGCAUCUAAAUAUGGCACAGGAUUGUAUGGCCCUUUUCGAAAAGGAGAAGCUCUCAGAAAUCGCAAAUGUUGAACAGUCGUGCGCAACAGGCCUCACCGCUGAAGGCAAGACUCCAAAAAGCCUUGUAGAAGAGAUGGUACCUCUCCUAGAUAGUAGAGAUGUUCUGAACAUGCGUAAAGUACGAAUCAUCGCGUUGUAUAUUCAAUACAGAGACGGUGUACCGGAUGAAGAUCGCAGACGAUUAUACCAACACGCAAGGCUGACUCUUGCAGAACAAGACGCUGUCAAUGCUCUCGUCCAUCUCGGUGUCCGGAUCGCAAGAGGUCCUACCGAUAAAGACACGAAGAAGAAGAUCAAACAAAAGAUAUCCGGAGAUGAAUACGAACUUUCUAGGUUUAAACCUGCAGUGAAAUCUAUUAUCGAGGACCAUGUCGCCGAUAAAUUAGACCCCGUAAUGUUCCCCUACGUGAAAGACGCACCAUCAGCCAUGCCGUUAUCCCCACGCUCACCUCCACCACAAACGACUUCUUUACGCAGUCAGAAACCAGCGUGGCAUAGAGCCCCAAAAGCUUCUGUGCAGGUUGACAAUCGACAGAGAUUACUUCUUUUCGUCGCAGGUGGUGUAACGUACUCCGAGAUGCGUGAAGUUUAUCACCUAUCAGAAUCGUUACACAAAGAUAUUUUCAUUGGGUCCACACAUGUUCUUACUCCCAAGGGCUUUGUCGACGAUCUCAAAGUCCUUGACUUGGGAGGUGCCGGUUCCAGAGCUCUGCCAAACGGGCUCCGAGAUAUGAGAGGGGAACCAAAGUCUCAUCAACAGCUUUACGAUGAAAAAUACUUCGUACAAGAUGCACCUCCGCCUCAGCGUGUGGCGCCCAAGGCAGCGAAGAACCUUGCGCCACCACGCACAGCAACGCCAAUACAAAUAUCUCCCACAAAUUCUUAUCAGGAAUCCGUCAAUUCUUCCGCACCCUCCGUAAAAGAUGAAAAGAAGAAGAAACGAGGUCUUUUCCGCUUCUAA